CUUCUGCGGCACAACGGACUCCUUCUCGCCUCCUGGUGGCGAUAGCGGUUAUCGGCCAAAAGCGGUUGCCAGGGGCGACCGCCAACAAGACAACGGUGGCAACGGCAAACUGCAGAAACAAUCGAUCGCAGCGGCGGAUUUUUUUUUAAACGAACGCCGAAACACGCGGCACUUUAUUUGAACGUCGUCGUCGUUUCAUCCGGAGAGGCUCAGCGGAACAGCGCGGGAGAAAUGUCCGGUGUUGUUGAUCCGGGUUCGGGUGAGGUCGGCUGGGGUGAGCGCUUCGCCAUCCCCGAACUCAACGCCGCCAACAAGGCCCUGAUGGAGGAGAUUCACAAGAAAGAAAAACAGUUGGUUGAACUGGAAAACAAAAUUCAGAAGAACAAACAUGCCGAGCAGUUGAAGACUGAAUUCCUUAAACGCGCUAAACAAGAACUGGAUAAUAUUGAGGCCCUGUGCAAGGCGAAGGAAAGGGAAGGAGAGUUGGAAAACCACCUUACCACCCUCGCAGAAAGAGAGACAGGUCGCCUAGCACAGGAGACUGCGAAGAUGGAGAAUGAUAAUAGAUCUUUAGCAGAACGGAAGAACGCGCUAGAGAACCAUAUCUUCAAGGCCACACAGAAGCUUGAGGAGUUCAGGAACCAGAUGAACUGGGACCAGCAGACCAUGGAUGCCUUUUUACAGGACUCUGAAUGCAAGGAUGAAGACACCAUGGCCAUCAUCAAGUACGCCCAGCAAGAUGAGCAGAGGAUCAAGUCGCUCACUAUGGCUAUAGAGAAGAAGACAAUGGAGGCCAAUGAAAAGCACAAGGCACUCGACAAAGAAUUGACUGAGACCUUAUCGGCACAGAUUGCUUUGGAUAAAACUACAGAGAAUUUGCAGCAGGCCCACCUGGAGACACAGCAGCUCAUUCACCAAUGGGAGAACACCAUCAAGCAGAUGAAGCAUCGAGACGCUGCGAUGCAGCAGUCUGCUCUGCUACUUGCCCAAGCCAACCAGGACAUCAGGGAGAGGAAUAGCACCGUCACAGAGAUAAAGCACCUGUUUAAUACUCAGAGGAACAACAACAGGGAAACCGAGAAGAAGAUAACCGUGGCCAACCAACAGGCUGUAAGGCUGCGUCAGGAUUUGAAGAGGCAGGAGAGUGACUGCAGCAGCCUGAAGAAUGAGCUGGAUAUUUGCAAAGGCACACUGGACAGAGCAAACUCCGAUGUGAAAUCUGUGACGUCCCGAAUAUCCAGAUUGAAGAAAGACAUCCAGGAUAACAAUGAAAAGCUGAAGAAGGCCCGGGCCUACAAUGUUGCACUGGAAGAGAAGCUGAAGGUUGUGACUCAGACAGCCCUUGAUGAGGAGGAGAGAGCUGAACAAAUGGAACAACUCCUCAAGGAGGAGGAAAAGGAAAUCAAGGAAUUGGAGGUCCAGCUGAUUGACUGCCGCAAGGAGUUUUUUUGUCGUAAGGAGUGGUUGCAGGCGCUAAAGACAAAGGAGAAGGAAUCUAUUGCCCAGGUUUCAAGGAGUAAAGACACGAUCAACAGCCUUGAGAGCCAGCUCAGACAGCUGGAGAAUGAUUUGAGAAGACAGGAGAUCAUCACAGCUGAAGAGGACUCAAAGAUCAAUCGCCUGCGUGGAAAACUGGAAUGGCUGCAAAGCGGCGUUCAGCCAGCUGAAAAAGAAAUGCUGGACCUUAAGAUUGGUCAGCUACAGAAAGACCUCGAGGAGAAGAAGGAGACGGCCAACUCGCUAACCAACACACUCAAGGAGGCUGAAGACGACAUUCGCUAUUUGAGGAAAGAGAUGGAGAAGUCAGAGACUCAAAAGAAAGAUCUGACCCAGAAGGUUGAGGAGCUCAUUGUUCUCCAAAAUAUCAAUGAAAAGGAUCUGAAGAGACUCCGUCUCAGCAAAGAGGAAAACCUGGUGGAGCACAACGUCAUGAAGAUAGAAGUCAAGCGUAUGAGGGAUCUGCUGUACAACAAGGCCGGCAGCGUGCUGUCUUUGGAGAAGAGGAAGCUGCAGCUGCAGAAAGCCAUAGAGGACAGGGAGCAAGAGGUGAAGGUCUACAAAGACAUGCUCAGCCUUCACCUCAAGAUCAGUGAGAUGGAGAGACAGAGACUCAGUGACGAACUGAAUGAGAAACUGUGCCAGAUCGACACAAAGAAAAAACGCUUUGAGGUUUUGAUGUAUUCGAUGGCCGCUCCUCACGGGGAUGAGGAGCGAUCACAGGCUUACUACAUCACAAAGGCUGCACAAGAGAAAGAGGAGCUCAAGCGGAACGGAGACUAUCUGGAUGCUGAAAUCCGCAAGAUAGAGCUGGAAAACAGAGCCCUGGAGAACACCUUUCAGUUGUUCGACAACAGUAACUCGGCAUUUCGCAAAUCCCUCAACAGAGUAAAUGAAUCCAGUCCGGAGCACCAGGAAGAACAGAAGCUACAACAGCAGUUUAGGGCGGCCGAGGAGACACUGGAGUAUAAGAAAGGACGAGUCAAAGAGCUCCAACGGGACUUACAGGACAUGAACAAUAUCUUAGAGAGUCUGCUGCAAGAGGAGACGGUGGAGAAGGAUAAAAUAGAGCACAAGCAGUCACUCAUCAGUAAACUGAACAAAGAAAUCGCCUCCCAGCAGGAGAAGGUCGACAGAGCCACGAAGGAGUGCUCAAAACUCACUAAAGAGAUCCGCUCAGGAAAAAACACCAAGACUGAGACUUUUGAGGAGACGGACAUUAAGCUGAGAGAGCUGAAAGAUUUCAAUAAGAGCAUCAGCAACAUGCUGUGUGAGGCCACGGAGGACAAACCAGACCUCAGAUUAGUGGUGGAGAAAUACUUCAUGCAGGCCAAUCUGUCUCUUCCAUCUCAAGCUUCCAGCCGUCAGAGCUCCAUGGCAAGCGCCGCCUCCAUCCGGUCUCCUGCGUCCUCGACCGGAAGCAGCCCCCGGGCGUCUGCUCUCUCCUCCCCCCCGCUGAAGACCAUGGAGCUGGGCUUGGGUCUGACUAGGACGGUCCAGCCCCGCAAGCAGCAGCAAGUUGAAGAACCCGUAGUGAUUUUUUUCAAGCUGAAUUUAAUGCUGCUUUUCAGUUAUCAGUUAUCAGGAUGGGUUGUGACAUGAUGUAUUUUAAUACAUUAAAAUGUUUGAUUUAUUAUUACUUAUAUAUAUGAUAUUGUUUUUGACUUUAUCUAUUUCACACAUUCAUUAUAGUUUUUACAUUGUAGCUUAAAGAAGAUGACUAUUAUGUCAGAUUAUGUCAGAAAAGUCCACACCACACUUUAGUUAGUCUAAACAGCUGUUAUGUUUCAUUUAAAUAAAUAAAACUAUAUAAGACGUAUGAUCUCUGUAAUCUGUUUGCUUUGAGAAACUUAAAGAAUAAAACUGACUCGGACAACUUAAUUAAAAAGGAGCACAAAAACACAGAGCUGUUGUUUGCCCAAAUUAGAAUUCUCCUUUGAUGUUAAAUCUAAAAAAAAUCCCACUUUGACCUUUUCAAGAGAGUCUGAAACUAUUUUCCUUAGUGGAAGAAAGAGUUAAAAUCAAACAAACACUGUGCCGAUGAAGCGAAUCACAGUAGAGAAAUGCGCAUGCGCUGCAGGGCUGGAAUGAGGAGCUUCUCUCAGGUUUCAUUGUAUGUGUUUUCACCUGCUUGAUUUGACCCAUCUUUAUCUUUGGCACACUCAGCCGUUCUUGUUUACAGCCACACCCUCCCGCACAAGAGUUACGCUUCCUUGUACAGAAACAAAGAGACCAGACACUUUUGGGAAUAGCAGAGGCGACACCUUUUCCACUACGGACCGCUGAUUUUACUUUAAACCAAGCUUCAACAUGCUGCUUCUGAUUCUACUCGCCAGCUGUUUGGCCUCAUGUGCUGCUCAAACACUGUCCCCAGACGUAAUCAGUGCUAUCGGGUCGAUUUCCAACUCCUCUGGACAGCCCACUACUGCACCAAGCGUUGUUCCAGGAAAUACUGUGGCCUUCAUUACGGCAGCUGUCCAAUCCAGUCAUGAGCUAAAUGAAGAAACAAUAGUCGCAUUCCUGGACCAGGCCAAGAGGGUCAUCCAACAAAUACUUCCCCAAUCGGAGGUUAUGUUAACGCUCAAGAGCAUCAAAUUGCAGCAAACAUUGCAGAAAAUCUACAUCAGCAAAUAAGCCGGGAUAUUCAAGUUAUCCUGGAUGAAUUUAGCUUUCACUUGGUUGCACGAAAGCAGGUUGAAUUAAACCUAGCCAUGUAGAUUCAA